UUCGCGGUCACACUGCCGAUGUUGUUGCAGCUCUAGCGCAGAGUUGUUCUCUAAAUUUCCUGUCGCGAAACUUUAUCAUUUAUAAUUAAUUCGCAAGCCAUGGCCGAGCUAGACGAUUUCUUCGCGAAAAAGGACAAGAAGAAGUCGAAGAACAAGACCAAGUUCGUGACCGCAGAUGAGCUGGUGAAAAACCUAGAAGAUGGCAGCAAGCGGGAGGCGGUCAAGCCAAAAAAACCCGAAGCAGUCGCUGGCGGCGUGGCAGUGGUGGGCGAAAACGAGAACAGCGGCACCAAGGUGCCAGAGACCCCGCCCGUUGAGGAGGAGUGGAAGGAGUUCGAAGAGGAGCAGCGCAAGGACUACAGCGGCCUCAAGAUCGGCCAACUGAGCACCAUAACUACCCAGGAAUCCGCCGAGCGCGCUGCUCGGGUACCCUCCGCUCAGGACGGCGGUUCCCACGACGAGGAAGAGGAAGACAGCAACGGGUAUGACAAUGCAGACGCCAACAAAGAGCGCGUCGGGCAUGGCCCCUGGAAGAAGGUCAUUCCGGCCGAGGAGGUGAUGCAGAUCCCGGUGCCGGUGGAGGUGGAAAAACCCUCAUCGAAAACUUACGUUUCACCCGCGCUACGCUACAGUCAGCAGGCCGGAAGCGGACUGGCAGGUGGGUCUAUCGGCGGAGCCCUGCGUCCACGACGCGCAGCCCCCGACAUCACCAACACCGAGUUCUUUCCAACGCUCAGUGCGGCGCGUCCAGAGGAACAGCGCAAGAAGAAAAACGAACCCGCCUUUGAAGAAGUCCGCCAUGGGGGCCGCUUCCAGCGCGUGCAGGAGUCGACGACUGCCCCGGUAGCGGCCUCUAACCGAUUCCAGUCGCUCGACGACGAGGCCAGCUAGGUCCGGACACGCCCAGGGUGCUGAUGCUGGCCGCGAGGUCUGCUUUCUACCACAGUGUUGGCUGCAGAGCUUAAGUCAUCCAAGGGCUCUGCGCCAACGCGUUCAGAUUUUCUAGGCUUUUUGAUUCAUCUUUACCUCCUCCACUGCUACUCCUACCCUACACAAACCACUAUUGUUCAUUUCGUUUUGCAUUUUGAAGUAUGGAAUCAAUGUAAUAGAAUACGAAUAACAGCCAUGCGUUGAAAUCCGUUUAUAAACGUUACUUUUUUAUAA